CCGACGGUUGGCGUUUGCUGCCUUAGGAGCGAGUUGGUGAGCCGGCGGCUGCCCGAGCGCGGGCCGUGGCUCCGGACGGCUGCCGGCCGGCUCCGCUCGGCUCGGCACGGCUCGGCACGGCUCAGCACGGUGUCUGAUAGCGGCGCCGUGCCGUCACGCACCGCCGCUGCUCCGCGUCCCGCAGGCGGGAGGUCCGUUACCGCAUGCAAGGGAUGAGUUGCGCUGAUGGGAAGUGUGCGCUGCUCGUAGGACUCGUUUCUCAUUGAAAGCAGGGUCGUAACGCCGUGCUAAGCGGGGUUUGUUUCUUGUUUCCGUAAUCUCUCUCUCAACAACCCGACGUGUGUAAUGGUAGAGCUUCCAUUUCUGCGGAACCGUAGUGGAGAAUUUCAGUGGUGGUGUUCAAGACCUGACUGGACGUAUCCCAUGAGGAGAGAGAUGCAGGAAAUUUUACCUGGGUUAUUUUUAGGCCCAUACUCUUCAGCUAUGAAAAGCAAGCUACCUAUACUUCAGAAGCAUGGAAUAACCCAUGUAAUAUGCAUACGGCAAAACAUCGAAGCCAAUUUUAUUAAACCAAACUUCCAGCAGCUAUUUAGGUAUUUAGUCCUGGAUAUUGCAGAUAAUCCAGUUGAGAAUAUAAUACGAUUUUUCCCUAUGACUAAAGAAUUUAUUGAUGGAAGUUUACAAAGUGGAGGAAAAGUUCUUGUCCAUGGAAACGCAGGGAUUUCUAGAAGUGCUGCCUUAGUUAUUGCAUACAUAAUGGAAACGUUUGGGGUGAAGUACAGGGAUGCAUUUACUUACGUUCAAGAAAGAAGGUUCUGUAUUAAUCCUAAUGCUGGAUUUGUCCAUCAACUUCAGGAAUACGAAGCCAUCUAUCUAGCAAAACUGACCAUCCAGAUGAUGUCACCGCUGCAACUGGAGAGAUCCCUCUCUGUUCCGCCUGGCACUACAGGAAGUUUAAAGCGAAUGCAUGAAGAGGACGACGAACUUGGAACCAUGCAAGUGGCAGCAGCACAGAAUGGAUGAGGACAGCACUGUUUGCAUUGUGAACUCCUGCUGAGAAAGUUCCCCAGAAGCUUUGCUGAGGGACAGUCCCUCCAGAGCAAGCCUGAACUUCUUAGCCUGUGUCAAGGCUACUUAGAGACCUGUUACAAAUAGCAGAUGCUGGCUUGAAAACUACUGCCUGGAUUAAAGCAUGCUGCUAGAACAGAUGCUGCUGACAGCUGAGGAGAUUCUCCUGCAGUUCAGAGGUACAUUGCAGCACUGAAGUCUACAACUGUAUGUUAAGAUACAAGAGUUCCCUUUCCAUUUUAGGGGGAGCUGGGUGAAGGAAGGAGCUAGAGGUGGCAUACCAUGUGUGAAGAACUACAAACCAAGGACUGAAGGCUUAAGGAGCAGCUAACAUUGAGCUUUAGAGAAGCUGGUGGUGAAGUCCAGGCUAUUGGAAAGCAUCUCCCUGUUUGAUUUCUGACAGCAUCUGUGCUUCCUUUGUUCUCCAAGGAGGCCUCGUCCCUCCUUUUGAGCCUGGGCUGUUGUAGAUAAAGAAGUUCUAUCAGUUCAAAAGACA